CUUCCAGAAAGGAUCCUCCUUUUUGUGCUUUUGUCAGACACACCUCCUCAGGUGGAUGUUCCAGAUUCCUUCAUGUAGUGAAGAGACACUGCCUGUCCUUCAAACGGCAAGCUGCUCUGAGGACGGAGUCACGGCUCCGUUAUCACUUCGAUCAAGGAAAUGGCGUGUAGAAAACCCUUGAAAAAUUGGAUUACUCUGAGGACUCUUCCUCUUCUUUUAAUGGCCAUAUUCCUUUCUUUCGUUUUUUGGAAAACGGAUUCUCCAACGCAGACAUCUUCUGGUCUCAAAACUUCCCAGCAGUUCCUGGUUGACCUGCCUGCCUGCUUGGCCGUCUUGACUGGAAAUGUGGGCAGCCAAGACCCUGAACUGGACUCACUUUUAACAGCCAGGCAAAGAAAAUCUCUUUUAUCUGAAGAGUUUUACUUGAAUGCAACAAAGGACUGUCCGGCUUUCAUUAGAAAGAGAGGUUUCAUCACACAACCUCUGAGCGAGGAGGAGAAAAAUUUUCCCAUUGCAUAUUCAAUGGUGAUCCAUGAGAAGAUUGAGAUGUUUGAGCGACUCUUAAGAGCCAUCUACGCUCCUCAGAACGUUUAUUGUGUACACGUGGAUCUAAAAUCUUCUCCGACGUAUCUGACAGCAGUCAAGAAAAUUGUCUCCUGCUUUCCAAAUGUGUUCAUAGCCAGCAAGUUAGAAAGAGUUGUGUAUGCCUCGUGGUCCAGAGUGCAGGCAGAUUUGAACUGCAUGAAAGAUCUACUGAAUUCCGAUGUUCCCUGGAAGUACCUGCUCAACACCUGCGGCACGGACUUCCCAAUCAAAACCAACAGAGAGAUGGUGUCUGCUCUGAAGCUCCUCAACGGCAAAAACAGCAUGGAAUCCGAGGUCACCAACAGCUAUAAGAAAGGCCGCUGGGAGUAUCACCACAACGUCACAAGCACAUCUGUUAUCAGGACAGACGUGAAGAAGAGCCCCCCACCCAUCAGCAGCCCCAUGUAUUCGGGUAAUGCCUACUUUAUAGUCUCGAGAGCUUUUGUGAAGCAUGUGAUGACGGAUGAGGAGGCUCAGCGGUUGCUCGAGUGGGAAAAGGACACCUACAGUCCCGAUGAACACCUGUGGGCGACUCUACAGAGGAUGCCCUCAGUUCCUGGAUCUCUGCCCGCCAACAGCAAGUACGAUACAUCGGACAUGCUGGCAUUUGCCCGAGUGGUGAAGUGGUCCUACUUGACGGGAGACGUGAGAAAAGGAGCCCCUUAUCCUCCGUGCACUGGGACCUACAGGCGAGCCGUCUGUGUUUAUGGAGUCGGUGACCUCCGGUGGCUUCUUCAGAGACAUCACCUUUUUGCCAACAAGUUUGAUCCGGAGGUGGAUGAUGUGGCCAUCCGAUGUAUGGAGACCAUUCUGCGUUCGAAAACUUUGGGUCAAGACCCCCUGUCUAUGCUGGUAGAUUCAAACUAUAUGUGAAUAUUAAAAUCUGUAAAAAAAUUAAACUGUCCUCAUUCAAUUCUACAUUUUCAUUUAAUGCUAGAUUAUUUAUCCAUUUGUCUUUAUUUUGAAUGUGAUUUUAGAAGAAACUGUAGUCACUUCACCUUGAUGGAAUGAAAACAGUUGUAUUGAAAUGCAUAAAAUAUGUUACUCUUCUAGUAAUGCUAAAAAUGCAGAGAUGUUUAUGAAUAUUUAAAGAACAUAUUUGAGAUACAGAAAUUUUCAAAUGAAAGCAGUUUGAUCUUUAACACGACAGGGAUUGCAUGUAAUUAUACGCAUGAAUUU